AUGGAUGAAAUAGAUGAACUAACGAAAGUCUUGGAUAAUAUCAAUCAAACAUUAUCCGAUGGUAGUGAUAGUGACACCGAAAGUAUCACUGGUCAUGAGAAAUCUGCUGGUGCCACUAUCAUACGGUAUGAUGACAAAGAUAUCGAAAAUUACUCAACUGCAUUUAACCUCGUACAUUCAUAUGAUAAACCAGAUUUAAGGAACGUCAAGUAUUUAACUACUACCGACCAUUUGAAUUGUCCCAUAUGUCAACAACCAUUCAUAAAACCACUCACCACAUUGUGUGGACACACUUUCUGCAAAGAUUGUAUUUUUGAAUGCUUCAAAAUGUCUAAAGAAAUAGGAUUAUGUCCCUUAGAUAGAACACCUAUAGAUCCAAAGAAUUCUGAUGAUAUCUUCCCCACGCCCAUAUUGAUAAACAACUUGGUGGAUGAUUUGAGAGUUUAUUGUUUGAAUAACGAGAGAGGAUGUGAAUGGACUGGUUGUAGGUGGGAAAUAGAUCACCAUAUAUUAAGUGAUUGUGAGUAUACCGGAGUCCAUUGUAAUGGAACUCGAGGUGAUGGUAAAUGUCAAUUAUUAGUAGAAAGACGAUACAAGACCGAUGAAGAUGAUAAAUGUUUACAUGAAAUGUACCAAUGUGAAUAUUGUGUUAAGAACAUCACCAAAAUAACAGAAUCUCAUCAUUUGGCAGAAGAAUGUUUAUUCAAUUAUACCACUUGUGAGUAUUGUUCUAAUGAUAUGAUCCCCAUGAAAAGUCUAGAAACACAUCAACAGAAUUGUUUGAAGCUGAAGAAGUUUAUAUGUCCAGCCAAAGAAAUUGGUUGUAACUUCAUUGGUAAUAAUGAACCUUCCUUAGAGAAUCAUAUCAACAAUAAUUGUCAACUUCAUGGUUUCUUACCGUUUUAUCAAUCUAUGAGUAGCAGGAUCGAUGAUUUAUCCACUGAAAACAGUUUCCUACAGAAACAGAUCAAUAAGAUCUUGAGUUCCAUCAUUCAAGGGAAGGUCACUAAUUUAGGCUAUAAUGAGCCAAUAGAAGAGAUCAAUAAAUUCAAAGAUUUCAAUGAAAUUGAUCAAGAUAAACUCAUGUAUUUGAACUAUGAACUUGAGAGGUUGAAAUAUCAAGUGGAUGAGAAACUCAUCCCCUUUGUUAACAAACAAACUACUGAGAGAGAACCUAUUCUCAAUACCUUGGUUAAUGAUAAUUUCAUGAUGAAGGAUGAUUUGAACUUACAAAGAGUGUUGAUCAAUUCUUUAAGGAAACAAAUUCAAUUCGUAUUGUUCAAGAACCAUCGACCUUCUUUCAAUAAUCUUCACGGAGGAGUGUUUGAAGAAGAGUUGUCGGAUUCUGAUGAGAGAAUGAACUUAAAAUUGUAA